UAUUGCUGAGAGAGGAAUGGUUGUGGUUGAUUUCCGCAGAUAAAAGAUGCAAAAAAUGUUUGCAAAUAAGUGCCGACACUGACGCGUCUCUUGAUAGAAGCAGAAGCUAAAGUUCAAUAAACACUGAUAUCAAUACCAUUGAGCCUGAUAUUGAGUAGGAUUUUACAAUGUUUAAAAGACAUUUUUCCCAGUACAGAAGAAUGGCGUCAACAUCCGAAGCAAAAGCUGCCUUGAGAACGGAGAUUGCCAGCAAACUGGCUAAACUUACCUGUGAGGAGAAGCUAAGCCAAUCGAAAUCUGUUUUUCAAAAGUUGAUGAAUUUAAAUGCUUUCAAGUCCAGUAAAAGAGUUUCCGUGUUUUUAAGCACUGCAACGGAAAUCGACACUGAGCCAAUAGUGAGAAAAAUAUUUCAAGAUGGAAAACAGUGCUUUGUUCCAAGGUAUAGUAAAGCUGGCAUGCAAAUGGUGAAACUGGCUUCAAUGGAAGAUUGGACUAAUUUGCCACUGACAAAAUGGAACAUCAAGCAACCGUUACUGGCGGACCAUAGAGAAGAUGCUUUCGAAACAGGAGGCCUCGAUUUAAUAAUAUGCCCAGGAGUGGCCUUUACAAGAACUGGAGACCGUCUGGGGCAUGGCGGCGGCUACUAUGAUGCUUACAUUAAGAAACUGCAGGAAAUUCAAGAAUGUCGGCCAGCUACAGUGGCACUGGCCUUUAAGGAACAAGUCGUAGAAAGAUUACCUUUGGGACCAACCGACGUAACCAUAGAUCUGGUUUUAUAUGCUGAGUAGACCAUUAAAGAUUUGGAAAGCAA